GGAAUAAAUGGAAUGGAAUAAAUGGAAUGGAAUAAAUGGAAUGGAAUAAAUGGAAUGGAAUGGAAAAUGGAAUGGAAUGGAAUAAAUGGAAUGGAAUAAAUGGAAUGGAAUAAAUGGAAUGGUAUCACACAUAUCAAACCUAUGGAAACAACAUGUUUGACUCUGUUUCAUUUAGUCCAUUCCUGGACAUUACAACGAGCCCGUCCUCCUACAGCUCCUCCCGCCAAACCUCCACUGCUGGGCACAGAGGAACCACAAUGCCUAUCGAGGUGGGACCAGACAGACACUGGUUGAAUAUUCUGAGGACUGAGCACCCCUUCAGAGAUCUGAGGACAGAGCACCCCUUCAGCGAUCUGAGGACUGAGCACCCCUUCAGCGAUCUGAGGACAGAGCACCCCUUCUGCGAUCUGAGGACAGAGCACCCCUUCAGAGAUCUGAGGACAGAGCACUCCUUCAGAGAUCUGAGGACAGAGCACCCCUUCAGAGAUCUGAGGACAGAGCACCUCUUCAGAGAUCUGAGGACAGAGCACUCCUUCGGAGAUCUGAGGACAGAGCACCCCUUCAGAGAUCUGAGGACAGAGCACCCCUUCAGCGAUCUGAAGGACGGAGCACCCCUUCAGCGAUCUGAGGACAGAGCACCCCUUCAGAGAUCUGAGGACAGAGCACCCCUUCAGCGAUCUGAGGACAGAGCACUCCUUCAGCGAUCUGAGGACAGAGCACCCCUCCAGCGAUCUGAGGACAGAGCACUCCUUCGGAGAUCUGAGGACAGAGCACCCCUUCAGAGAUCUGAGGACAGAGCACCCCUUCAGAGAUCUGAGGACAGAGCACCCCUUCAGCGAUCUGAGGACAGAGCACCCCUUCAGAGAUCUAAGGACAGAGCACUCCUUCACGAAUUCGAGUACGGAGCACCCCUUCAGGGAGUGUUGAGCUCCCUUGCUUAUUAAUGCAAUUACCCUCCUAUCCCGGGUCCUCUCUGAUUCUCUUCCUUUGCCACUCCCCCCUCACUCACAGACUGGUGUAGACGGCUCCCCUAUACCCCUACUGUCCCAUCAGCAGAAUCUGUCCCAGUGAGGGGGUGGGAUGGGGGUGUGGGUGUAUUGUACUGCAUGAAAUGUGUUCUCUGUCCGCCUGCUCAAAAUAACUCUGCAGUGAGGGAGGCAGACUGAAACUACAGGCUUUGUCUUUCUCUGUGUGGCAAUACAGUAAUGGUCUGGUCCACAAAACACACACACACACCGUGGAGUUACACACGCAAAAAAAAAUGCUGUAUGCAUUCUAGCUCGCUGACACAAACUUACGAUGCACAAACACACAGGCGUCUCACGCGCACACACACACACGCACACACGCACACACACACACACGCACACACGCACACACACACGAACACACGCACACACAAGCACACACACACACACACACAACAAAAUGAGAGCUGAUUCUAACUCAUCUUUUGUUGCAAGAAUAUGAGUCACAUCAAGGCUAUUCUUAGUUGAGGGGGGUGUUUGUAGUUCAUGUCGUGUGAUUCUGCUCAAACGUGUUGCCAGCACUGUCAAAGAAAGGUUUUACCCACACAGGGUUAGAUUCUGUCUGGUUUCAUGUCUCUAAAUAAUCUCCUUUUCACGAUG